AGUAGACGCAGGAAUGCGAUUGCGGCUGAAUGCAGUACACAUAGUCGUACAUUGCUGUAUCGAUAUGGACGGCGUUCCUCGUACAUCACACUAGCCAUUUUACUUUGUUCAUUUCUUGUCCACCGGCUGAAGGAAGAACAGCCGAGCCUCUUAGAGUCUGCUGUUAAUCGAGUAGCGGACGGGAGAUCACUCACCGAGUAUAUUGCUCUGCAUUUUUGCUUCCUAGGGCCAGACUAAUAGAAUAUCCUAAGAGUGCCUCCAUUUUUUAGUAGCUCUUAAAACUUAAACGAGAACGUUUAUAGAGCGUGAAAUAUUCGUUUUUAUUACAAGCUGCACUUGUCCAUCAUGGACGGAAGGGGCCAUCUGUACCGAGAAAAAUCAGAGGAAGAAUACGAUGUCUUCGCCGAAGCGGAAAAGGAUAGGGUGGUCAAGACUUUCAGCAAAGAAUCCGCCACUAGCCGAAUGAAAUGGAACAGUAGGCAAGAUGAGGAACAAUUAGGAAGCUAUAAAGAACUAUCGCUCGUCGAUCCAACCAAAAGUUCUGGGACAUCAACGGGAGCAUCGCAACAGAAAACUCUGCAACACCGGGCGCCACGUUUGAAUAAUGUUCCAGCUGGUGUCUUGUUUUCGUCACUUGCUUCUUCCAUCGCAUCGCAGGACACCUCAGCUCGGUUGGAUAUGAAGAGCGCUACUAUUCACAAUGGCAUGUUUACAUCUGGCAUUAUAAGUUACAGUUUCCUAGACGCAUUUAACAGUGCUCCUAAUGUCAAGAAAUCAACCGUUGGUUUAGUUACUAAAUACUAA